CAGCGCCCCCGCAGGGACGCGCCCACUUCCUGGAAACGCCACCUCGCUGGCCCUUGGCGUCUCCAUCCCAGGGGCAGAGGCGGGCCGUGGGAACAAGACGCUGGAGGUCCCCGCGCCCGAGCUCAGGGGCAGAUCGGCGGCAGAUCCGCGGGCGGAGGUCCCUCCUCCUCUCCUCUUUUUCUCCUCCCCAUUUCCCCUCCCUCCAUCCCUCCUGGAGGCUGCGCGGGGCCGUCCGGGUCCUGCGCGAGUGGACUCAGUGCAGGACCCGCCCGCCUGCCAGACCGGGAGCGCUGCUGCCUGGUCUGCGGGGUCCUGGCGGAGCGGACCCCUCCAGAGCCGGAGGCCGAGGACCGGGAGGAGCGUCCUGCACCCGCCGCCGCUGGGAACCCACCCAGCGGGACAGGGUUCCAGAGGGGGCCCGUCAGGACGCCCUGCUCCGGCUGCUGCCCAGGGGACCGGGCUGGGACGCUGCUGUAUCACUGCUUCUCUGCUUCUGCCUAACAAGGUGACUUAGACAAUGAAAAUACGGCCUCCAGGAUGACUGCAGACUGUAUUUCCUGCGAGUCCUGAUCCGGCCAAACAAAUGAGCUGCCAUGGUGACAUGAAGUGCGGGCUGAGACUGGACAAGUAGCCGGACAGCAUCUUUCCCGGUCCCCUCGGCGUUCUGGAUUCGCUUCUGCUGGACCGGCCCGAGGAAAGCACAACAUGACUUUUGUGCGGAAGCUCCACAGACGCUUGCAGAGGAGGUCCUUUGCUCGCACACUCUGCACGGUGAGCGUGGUCCUGUCGGCGUACUACCUGUACGCGGGCUCGGGGCGGGACAGCGGCCCCUCGGACUCCGACGAGGCCGCAGAGCGGGCCUGCGGGCCCCCGCCGCACCCCCCGCAGAGGCCGGCGGCCGCGGAGCGCAGGAGGCUUCCCCGCGCCUCCAGUGCAGACCCCACGGUCCUGGUGUUCGUGGAGAGCCAGUACUCGGCGCUCGGGCAGGACAUCGUCGCCGUCCUGGAGUCCAGCAGAUUCCAGUACCACACGGAAAUCGCUCCCGGAAAGGGCGAUCUCCCGGCACUCACAGAAAACGCGAAAGGCAAAUACCUCAUCGUUUACGAGAACAUUCUCAAGUACGUACACAUGGACGCUUGGAAUCGAAGCCUGCUAGACAAAUACUGUGUAGAGUACAGUGUGGGCAUCAUUGGGUUCCAUAAAGCCAGUGACAAGAGCGCACAGAGCUUCCCGGGCAGAGGCUUCCCCUUGUCCGCACACGGCCACCUGGCUGUGAGAGGAUGCUGCGUUAACCCUCACUCCCCACUGCUCCACCUGACCAAAUCCUCCCAGCUUCACAGAGGCCCUUUACCUGGAACUGACUGGACAGUUUUCCACAUUAACCACUCAGCCUACCAACCAGUAAUAUUUGCCAAAGUAAAGACCCCAGAAAACCUUUCUCCUCCCCUCUCCAAAGGUGCUUUUUACGCCACGGUCAUCCACGACCGCGGGCUGCACGACGGCAUCCAGCGCGUGCUGUUCGGCAACAGCCUGAGCUUCUGGCUGCACAAGCUCAUCUUCCUGGACGCCGUGUCCUUCCUGUCGGGGGACCGGCUGACCUUGUCCUUGGACAGGUACGUCCUCGUGGACAUCGACGACAUCUUCGUGGGGAAGGAGGGGACCCGGAUGAACGUCAAGGACGUGAAGGCCCUGCUUGAGACUCAGAAUCUUUUGCGCGCACAAAUCACAAAUUUUACGUUCAACCUGGGAUUUUCAGGGAAAUUUUACCACACAGGCACGGAGGAGGAGGACGCGGGCGACGACCUCCUGCUGCGCUCGGCCGCCCAGUUCUGGUGGUUCCCGCACAUGUGGAGCCACACGCAGCCCCACCUCUUCCACAACGAGUCGGCGCUCAUGGAGCAGAUGGCUCUCAACAAAAAGUUUGCCGUGGAGCACGGCAUCCCCACCCACAUGGGCUACGCGGUGGCCCCGCACCACUCCGGCGUGUACCCGGUCCACGGCCAGCUGUACGAGGCCUGGAAGAAGGUCUGGGGCAUCCAGGUCACCAGCACCGAGGAGUACCCCCACCUGAAACCCGCAAGGCACCGGAGGGGCUUCGUGCACAAAAACAUCAUGGUGCUCCCGAGACAAACCUGCGGGCUUUUCACUCACACAAUUUUCUACCAGGAGUACCCCGGCGGCCCAAGGGAGCUAGACAACAGCAUCCAAGGAGGCGAGCUCUUCUUCACUCUGCUCCUCAACCCGAUCAGCAUUUUCAUGACCCACCUGUCCAACUACGGGAAUGACCGCCUGGGCUCGUACACCUUUGUGAACCUGGCCAACUUCGUGCAGAGCUGGACCAACUUGCGACUGCAGACUCUGCCCCCAGCGCAGCUGGCCCACAAGUACUUCGAGCUGUUCCCUGAGCAAAGGGACCCUCUCUGGCAGAAUCCUUGUGAUGACAAACGCCACAGAGACAUUUGGUCUAAAGAAAAAACCUGUGAUCGCUUACCAAAAUUCUUGGUGAUAGGACCCCAGAAAACCGGCACCACUGCUUUGUAUCUGUUCCUGGCUAUGCAUCCUUCCAUCCUUAGUAACUCCCCCAGCCCCAAAACCCUUGAGGAGGUACAGUUCUUUAAUAGAAAUAACUACCACAGGGGGAUUGAUUGGUACAUGGAUUUCUUCCCAGCCCCCUCGAAUGCCACCACUGACUUGCUGUUUGAGAAGAGUGCCAAUUACUUCCACUCCCAGGAGGCGCCGAGAAGGGCAGCCUCUCUGGUCCCUAAAGCGAAGAUCAUCACCAUCCUCAUAGACCCAUCGGACCGAGCCUAUUCCUGGUACCAGCAUCAGCGAUCGCAUGAAGACCCCGCAGCUCUCAAGUUCAGCUUCUACCAAGUGAUCUCCGCGGGGCCCCGUGCCCCCGCCGAGCUCCGCGCCUUACAGAAGAGGUGUUUGGUCCCUGGGUGGUAUGCCAGCCACAUCGAGAGAUGGCUUGUUUACUUCCCCCCCUUUCAGUUGCUAAUUAUUGAUGGGCAACAGCUAAGAACGGAUCCUGCUACGGUGAUGGAUGAAGUCCAGAAGUUUCUAGGAGUUUCUCGUCAUUAUAAUUAUUCAGAAGCUUUAACGUUUGACUCUCAUAAAGGUUUCUGGUGUCAGUUACUGGAAGAAGGUAAAACAAAAUGCCUUGGAAAGAGCAAAGGAAGAAAAUACCCCCCGAUGGGUCCUGAUAGCAGGGCCUUCCUGUCUACCUACUACCGACAGCACAACGUGGAGCUCUCCAAGCUGCUGCACAGGCUGGGGCAGCCCCUGCCGGCCUGGCUGAGGCACGAGCUGCAGAAAGUGAGGUAGCGCUGGGACGACGUCUUGAGACUCCACACUCCAUGCAACACCCACCCUGCCAAAGCUUCCAGAAGCUACCAAAAGGCUGUUUGAAAAUAUACCUCUUCAAAUGAAAAAAAAAAAACAACAAAGUUCCUUCCAUGUGGAUGAUUAGGGAAAAAAGAAAGAUUAAACUACCUGCUGGAAGCCUAGGGGCCUCUGGCCUUUUUCUCACCCACACUUGGGCCUGUGGGAUUAUCGUAGACGACUGUGCACUCAUGCGGAAUGCCACAGCACCCAACACAGAUGCCAAACACAAAUGCAGACCUGCGCCUCUUCACAGUAACAUUUACACUUUCCUAUAUCAACUGAGAUCGUGUUUCUGUAGCUGUUUAGAGCGGUUUGCCUGUACAAUGUUUUCUUAUUCUUUGAGUCUAUAAAGGGUCCUACAAAACACAAAGCAGCAUAAACAUCACAAGGCAGCAUAAAAUGGCAAAGCCAUAACACUCAUGAGAAAUGCUUGCCGAAAUAUAAACCCACUAAAGUAUCUAGAAAGAACUAUAAACUACAAUUUGUGCCAGUGCAGAAUGGAAAAAUUAUGUAUGAGCUUUAUCUGCAUUAAAAAAAAUAACUGCUAUAGCAAAAAAAAAAGUGAUUUUUCAAACACAUAGUCUAGUGCAUUUAUGUAACAUUUACUAACUCCUCUAUCAUAAUGUAAUUGUUAUACUGCUGUAAAGCCAUUGGAUGGUAAAUAGAAAUACACUGAAUAUUCCAAGUCAGUAAAUAACAACGUCAAGUGUACUGACUAAACCCUCUAAAAGGGAGAAAUUAUACAGGUCUGAAGAUGUAUCGUCGACAACUUGUGUCCCCUUUCUUUGAGCUGUAAGUCUCCAGCAGUCUUCACUGCUUCUAGAGAAAUGCUUGCAUAGAAUCUGAGUUAUGUGUCAUCUCCAGAAACAGAUUGACUUUCAAAUAACUUUUUUUUUCAACAUUCCCCAGAACAAAACCUAUUAAAUGAAAAUGAAGGACAUUUUCUCUAGAUGAUAUGUUAAGCUAUUUACAUUUAAAUUAUAGAAAAACUACAUUUUUCCAGAUAGUUCAAAAUGAAAUUGUAUAAUGUAGAGAUUUAUAUCAAAAAACAAAUUAAUAUAUGAUUGUUAAUCCAAAAUUUGCAAUGAUACUUUUACUACAAUGCAGAAAAAAAUAAGCGGGGCCGAGUCCCAAUUUUUUAGAAAGUUUCAUACAUCACUCUCAUGGAAGACAAUAGAACAUAGUUAAAUUUAUGGUUAUCUACUAAGUUAAAUGGAAGAAGUACAAAGACGAGCCAGGUAUAGUUCUUAAAAUAUACUGACACUUAAAUUUCAAAAGAUUACAUGAUUAACAACAUACUCAAAAAUGAAAAGAAUGUCAUACUUAUUUCCCUGUGUUUACAUUUACUUAAUUUUUAAAUGUACUCUACAGAUAAAAAACUUAAGUAGUAAAUAAAUUCCCUGAUAUGCUUAUACGAGUAUAAGCCUUUAUAAAAGUAAAAGUUAUUGAAAGUAUAAUUAGAAAAAAAAAGAUAUGCAAGGAAAAUCUAAAGCCCAACUAUUUUCAUUGUGGUUAUGUGUGAAACUAUAUCAAUCAUUCACUGAUUAUAAAACAAAUUUUGACAUCCUUCCACUUACUAUAAAUUUUAAAAAUUAUACUAUAAUUAUUAAUUAAAUUGUUUUUAAAGUUGCAUGUACCCAAAUGACACACAAAUUUUUAAACAAACAAGCUGUUGGCAGAAAGAAUUGGAGAAAGAACCAAUUUUUAAGACUCCUACCUGUAAAAGCAAAAUCAAAGUCAUGUGGACAAAUCUGGCAAACUCAGUUUCCAUGCUUCCUGCUGCCUUUCUGAAGCAGCACAUACCCAACUUGCGAGGAAAAUGAAUGUAGUGAUUUUAAGAAAACUGGCUUAAGAGGGUCAAACACAGUGGGAAUCAGCCCCAAUGUUACCAUGUUUUCAUUUUGACAGUAUUUCUACUGAUAAAAGGGAAAAAAAGAAAAAUAAAGAAACAGAUACGUUUAUGUUUUAAUGAUGAGAUGUGCAUUUAAACUUCUAAACAAAAAUGCCAAUGGCAUGAUUUUGUCUAGGUAAACUGAGUGAACUGACCAGCUCACUCUUUAAGACAAAUAUGGAAAUCAUAGUGGAUCUUGUAUAUGAAAGGAGAGAAAAGGGAGAGAUUAUACCAAAAUUUACUCAUUCCUGGUACAGGGAUCAUGCUACCUAGAGCCCCAAACCUUUGAGAGGGCUUUGGACGGCUACUCAAUGUAUCUCAGAGGCAACAUCAAAUUCUAGACGAUUAUAUAUACGAUUAUAUAUACUCGCUACAUUGUAUACUCCAGCUGGUUAUUAGGCUAUUCUGGAAGUAACAAACACACACAUGAGAGAAGAAUGUGAGAUAAUGUGAUCUAAAACUAGCUUUGUACAGAAUUUCUUUUUCAUUGCUUAAAAUAUGAAACUUCCUCAGGAAGAAAUGAAAUGGGUAUUUCAGUGUUUAUAGCUAUAAUAUGCUUGUCAUUCACAUUGAAUGAAAAUUACUAGAAACAGUUUUUUGUCUGAGUUUUUUAAAAUAAAAAACCUGGAUCUAAUUCUGAUAGGAGCAUGGUACCUCAUAUGUACAACAAUAAACUGUGAUAAGAAAAUGAAGAGUUUGGACCUG